GCCACUUCCUGCCUGAGGUGCGCUGCGACCAUGGAGGCCGAGCCUCCUCCUCUGGAAGAGCGGCGUCGGCUCCAGGAGGAGCUGAGCGAGUUCGUGGAGAGCUGCUGCCGGACGCUGGAGGAGGUGACGGCGUCCCUGGGAUGGAGCCUGGAUCAGCUGGACCCCGGGGACGAGGCGGAGGCCGAGGAUGAAAUCGCCAUAUGUCCUUAUGAUUCCAAUCAUCGCAUGCCCAAAUCAUCACUAACAAAGCACAUGGAAUCUUGCAGAUUGAGGAAACUGGGAUAUACCAAAGAAGAAGAGAAUGAAAUGUACAAUCCUACUUUUUUCUAUGAAAAUUUGAAGAUUCCUUCAGUUACUUUGAAUAAGGAUUCACAGUUCCAGAUAAUUAAACAAGCUAGGACUCCAGCUGGGAAAGAUGGUGAUGGUUAUAGCCAGAGAAUGUAUUCUUCAGUGCCUGUUGAAGUUCCUCUGAAUCACAAACGAUCUGUUUGUGACCUCACACAAGCGGAUCGCCUUGCCCUGUAUGAUUUUGUCAUUGAAGAGACAAAGAAAAAGCGCUCUGGUCCUCAAGUCAUUGAAAAUGACAGCGACCUGUUUGUAGACUUGGCUGCUAAAGUCAAUCAAGAUAAUAGCCGAAAAAGUCCAAAAUCUUACCUGGAAAUCCUGGCAGAAGUGAGAGAUUAUAAAAGAAGACGCCAGUCGUAUAGAGCUAAGAAUGUUCAUAUAACCAAAAAAUCAUAUACUGAGGUAAUUCGGGAUGUGAUAAAGGUGCACAUGGAAGAGCUCAGUAACCACUGGCAAGAGGAGCAAGGAAGAGCAGAAGAUGGUGCUGAGAGGAAUGAAGAAAGGCGGUCAGCUUCAGUAGAUUCACGACAGUCUGGUGGAAGUUAUUUGGAUGUUGAAAGUUCACGACAUAGAAGGGCUCGGAGUAGGAGCCCACACAAACGAAAAAGAAAUAAAGAUAAAAGUUCUGAGUCAAGAAGAAGGAAAGAGAGGGAUGGAGAAAGACAUCAUAGUCAUAAAAGAAGAAAGCAAAAAAUAUAAACAGACUGUAAAUGCAUUAAUUAUGCUUAUGGAAUAAAUAUGCUGAUAUUUUAAUUAUAA